GACAGCUGGGCAGGUGUUUGUAAACAUCACCACUCGGCGUCCCGUUCAAACAAAGCCUGUGAAAUACAUAACCUUGAAGUGGCCUUUCCAUAUCUACUAAAAUAUAUUUAUUUUUACAAAUAUCAUCAGGAAAAUGUCAAUUAGUGCACCAAGUGCUUUUCUUUUGAAUGUCACGGGUCAGAUUGACGCAGGGCGGUUCUUUGGAGGCGAUAAUCUACACUUAAGCUAUUUGUUUACAUAUGGUCAAGACUGGGAAUAUGUAUGGGGGCUAGAAGAAUGUAUUUCUCAAAUUGCCCGUCGUAGUGAUGAUAGUCGGCAGGUGUUUGUGUGGAACUUCCCUAUAGACAUCACUUUAAAGUCAACUAAUCCUUUUGGAUGGCCUCAAAUUAUCAUCAGUAUAUAUGGAACUGAUGUCUUUGGAAAUGUGGUGAUAAGAGGCUACACUGCCUGUCAUGUGCCCAUCACUCCUGGGACACAUACCCGCAGGCUCACCACUUUUGUGCCAGAAUCUGCAUCCAUGGUGCAGAAAUUGAUAUCUUGGCUCAUUGGACGAAGACCAGAGUUUGUAGAUCCAAAACUUAUCACUCAGGGCAAAGGACGAGAAGUGACACGCGUGAGAUCCCAGGGAGAAGUGACAGUCACAUUUAAUGUGAUGAUGAAGGACUUCAUGAAAUUCGGAUAUGAUUGUGGGGGAUCUGGCAAGACUCCUUAUCUGGCUGCUACAUCCCAACCACAAAAAAAUAUCACUAUGCCAAGAGCAGGACAAAGUGAUGCAUGAUUUUUACUAAAUCUUAAAAAUUCUUCUUUUACGUGUAAUUGUGUGCCUUGCUCCAUUUUUAUGUAUACCUGUAAUUACAAAAUACCGGUACAUAUUCUUCAUUAGUGAAUUAUUCUUGGAGGUUAAAGUACAAGUUUUACACUGUAGCUAUGGCACAAGAUUUAAACAAAGUGUGUUGCAUUUUUUUAUAUUUAUAGCUUAUAAAUGAAUACACAUUUACUAGUGUUACUGUAUACAGUAUGUAUUCAUAAUUUUUUUUUACCAGUGGGAUGUGCAGUGUAAAGAAAUUAGGUGAAACAGUGAGGAAGAAGAGUAAUGGACCUGUGGCUUUGGUCACAAAAUUUUAUACAAAAAAGGGGCGGUGUUUUGAUAUUGUACAUAGCAUAGGAAUAAAAAACAAGAUGAUUAGACCCUGCUCGACCUGCUUGCAUAUGUCCCUAAUUCAAAUAACCAAUACGUACUGCACUGUAUAAGCAAAAAUGAUCCGACAAUAGAAUUUUAUCUUUUUUUUUUUACCUUUAUAUCCAAAAGAGUAAUGUUUGGCAAUCAUGAUGCAGGUUGAUUCAAACUAAAGCCACUACCCUGUAUACAAAGUCACUUAGCAAACUGGAGAUGUACUACUGUCUUUAUAAAUACAGUACAGUAUUAAAUACAAAUACUGUACCAUUAGACAUCAUCAGGUAUACAAAACACUGCUGUUAAAUUUAUGAAAUAUUCAGACUUCAAUCUGAUCCCUUUAGAAAGAUCAAUAUCCAUUUUCCAAAACUAUCCAUAACUCGCACACUACUCGGCGUCAAGGAAAUUGGACUGGGGAUCUUGUACUGUAUAGCAAGUGCUAGUAUUAGAGGGGACAGACAUUAUUUUAUCUGAAGAACUUUACGGUUUGCGUAAAGUGUUGUGUUAAAAGGUCUUCCUUAACAAAUGUGUUCGGAGGGAUGAGAGGAGGUCUGUCACAAACGCUGUGUUGGAAGAGCUUCACCAUUAUGUUGAAUGAUUGGAAGCAGCAGCAUGUUAGUUAAUUAUAUGAUAUGUUGCCUACAGCAGGUCUUCUAGUCACAUCUGCAGCUGGACAUGUAUUCAUAACCUAGCCAUGUCCUUCCCAUGAAUUUAUGUAUGGUAUGCAUGAAUGUCUGCUAAUCAGAUUUUGAGCCAUAAUUUUUAAAUGGGAUGGGUUAAUUUUUGUCCAUGCUUUUUGAUACUUUCAGUCCACAGCUGUGUUUCCUAACCCAUCCAAACAGAACUUAACCUAACCAGUAUUUCAUUCCAAAACAAGGCUUCGAUUCUGAUUGGUGGACAGUCAGCCUAUUUAACGAGCAGAAUUAUAUCUGUAUUUUCCUUUAAUUUAUAUUUUCUGUUAUAAAAAUAAACAAUAUUAACAA